AUCAGAAGAUGAGUGCUACAUUAUAGCAAGUAUCGCUACAUGGGGUGGAUCACAGGAGUGAAAAAACAACAAAAGAAAUCUACUGUUGAGAAAAAUAUUCUAUUAAUAAAAAAGUUAGGAUACAAUGUCUUCUCAUAAGUUUGAGUUAUUAGAUGAGGAAGUCGAGGCACUUCUGGAUCAGAUCACUGAUAAACUAGAGUGUGGUAUUGGACAAUGCAAAAGUCAGGAGGAACGGAAAACUCUGUUAUCAGAAAUUGAGAGAUCAUUGAAAGAUGCAAGUGAUGGAUUGGUGGAAAUGGACAUUGAAAUAAAGAAAGCUCCUCUUGAGUACAGGAAUACAAUGACCAGCAAAGUACAGCGAUACCAGAAUGAAUUAUUAAGAUACCAGAAGCGGUUUGAACGAGAGAAGGCUACACAUUCUCACAUAACCAGUGCUCAAGACAGUGACACAUUUAAAGCCGAAAUUCGUAAACAGGUUAAACAAGGCAGUGCAGUUCUGGAGCGAACCUCUGCAAGCAUAGCACGUUCUACCACAAUUGCAAUUGAAACUGAACAAGUUGGCACAGAAGUCCUCGGUGAAUUGGGAACUCAGAGAGAAACAUUGACUCGAACAAGAGACAGGUUAAUCAACACCGAUGCUGAACUUAGUAGAAGUAAAAGAAUAAUUCGAUCCAUGUCACAUCAUGUCUUGUAUAAUAAGAUACUUUUAAUAAUUAUAAUAUUGCUAGAGAUGGGAAUUCUUGGUGGUAUAAUUUACUGGAAAUUUUUCAUGAAAUGAUUGUCCAUUGAACAUAAAAAAUUACAGGAUAUAUUGUCAAGAUAUUAUGAGUUAUGUUUUCAUACCACUUAUAUUGAAGAGUAUGCCAGAAAGUUAUGUAGAAAUAUAGAGAAAGGUGAUCCUUGAAUUAUGUGCACAUUUAUUUUAACCUUGUAUAAUUAUUCCAGAUAUACUAAUUUUAAUUUGAUUUUUGACAGUACAAUACUAUGGUAUUUUUAAAAAGGAAAUACUGUAUGUUGAUUCAAGUUUACAGUAAGAGUUUUACAUUCCGGUACUAUAUGCUGCGUGUUCUCAGAUCCUGGCCGUGCCUCCUAACUUCUUCAUAUUCCUUGUAUCUGAGAUAAGUGCCAGUCAUUGUAGAUGCACAUGUGUAGUCCCAUGUCAUUUCUAGAGUAGUAUGGUAGCUCCAUCUGGACACAUCUGACUGCUGCUGAAUUUGCCUGGCAAGGAUUCCCCAUCCUUUGUGAUGGGCAGUGGUGUUCUUGCCCUCUGAUAUGACAAAUGAGACCAUGGAGGCCACAUUGGUCUGCAGGU